GAGAGAAAACCAUUCAAAUCCAUGGACGAUUAAUAAUCCAUAAGCUGAUGCCCUUUUACACAAACAGCGAAAUUUAAACGCAAUUGCGGUACACGCACGAGCAGCAAACAGAAUAAGAACCUCAUUUCCACAAAGGAAGAAGCAUCUUUGCAUAACCGUAAUAUUCCAGGGGGCUUGAGAAAAAAACACUACGUUUAACAAUGAAUCGCGACUGUCACGCUGUUGAGGGAGGUCUAUCCAAACUGAAGGGACAGACAUGGAAAUUUUUCAUAGACCGGACCGCAAAUGGGUCACCCACGUUUGGUGCCGACUACGAUGAUGAAGGAAUGUUUGAGCUGAAUAGUGAACAACAAAAACAUGUUAAAACGUACGGCGGAGUUUCUGGACAAAACAACUUGGCAGCGUACGCCGGCACGAAACAGGUCGCUUCAUCAGAAUCGUCGACCGACCCAACGCUGAUACCUAACCGCUCACGGGGGAGUGUGAUGCGCCUUGAUAAAGCCGACAUGGGCCUGUACGGUAUCUGCCCCGAGACGGACCCGUUCUAUGCGGUGAUCUGUGAUAUCUGUAAUAGUGUGGUGAAACCGCAGGGAUUGCAAAAGCACAUGACGAACAGACACCAUUCGUUGAUCAAUAACACGGCCAAACUGAACGCCAAUGGGAACAACAGUGCCAGCACGACCAUGGCCACCAUCGGUGGAAACAGCAAGGGCAGCAAUAGCUCACUAUCGGAGCAGCAACACCUAAGCAACAGCUAUGCAUCGACAGAAAAGACUGAAGGCAUGAUACGCAGCGGUACAAACAGUGAAAUUUCUUCGGUUGCCCGCUCGGAUGGCAAAACGAUAUCGAGUUCCUAUGGUACACAGAAUGACGAUGUACCACUGCUAGAACCGGCCGUCAUCACAGUUCCACCGGUAAAGAUACGCUCUUCGGGUAGUGGAAAAGUUAAGAGUAAAACCGCAAAGAAUAUUUCCGCACACGCCGCAGGAAAUACUUCAUCGUCCUCUUCUUCCUCCAAAUCAUCUUCCGGGUAUGGCAGCAACAAUAGUACGCUUUCGUCAUCGUUUUCGAAAGCAUCGAUAUCGACAUCGACUCAUACCGUGGCAGAAAACAAUGGUGCAGGUGCUGCGGCCGAGUUUGGACGUGAAUUCCCUGCUGGUGGUGCGAUCGGUAGCAGCGGAGUACCUUUAGUCCUGAUGAGCAACUGUUCAGGCGUGCUGGAGAAAAAAGCAACCUUUGCUAUCGGCAAUUCGAACGCGCCCGGUGACGCUUCGUCCAGCUCCGGUGCGAAUCAGUCUGUGAAAUCGUCUUCGAAACGUGGCUCGAAGCAAGCUUCCUCUUCCUCAUCCAGUUCCUCACCAUCGUCCUCAUCGUCGUCUUCAUCCUCAUCGUCGUCAUCGUCCUCUUCGUCCUCGUCAUCAUCUAGCAGUAGCAGCAGUAGCAGUAGUAGCAGCAGCAGCAGCAGUUCUGGCAACAUAGCGCAACAGUUGAAAUUGUCAUCGGACCGGAAGAGUGACUCGCGCGCACGAGAAUUCGAUCCUGAUCGACACUGCGGGGUGGUAACACCUGACGGCAAACGGCACUGCACUCGUCCCAUUACCUGUAAAUCACACUCACUUUCGCAGCGUCGAGCUGUGCCGGGUAGAAGUAAAACGUUGGACAAACUAAUAGCGGAAAUGCGCGGACAUGGUCUGGCCACUGGUGUUUCUUCUUCGACACAGAAGGAUGAUACAGGACCUUCACCAGCCUUUUUGGAUGUUAUGGAAUCGAGUAGUAGCUCCUCUACCGGAUUCGACGUUAGUGGACGGAACACUGUUUCGGGAGAGAACACUAUCCGAUCUUCCACAUCGCAAACGGGGAGCAUUGGGCAUGAUGCUGCAAUAGGUCGCGGGCACGGUACGGCAGGUGAAAGCAGUAAAAGCUCGCAUCACUCAUCCAAGUUACCAUCAAGCGAGCGUUCGAAGCACAAAACUUCCUCCCGAUCGCACAGCUCAGCCAGCGGUUCGGCAAGUCAUGCACAGUCAAAGUCAUCUAACGCUCAUCAUAGACAGGGGUCGAUCAAGCAUGGACAAUCGCGUGACACGCCAGCACAGCAACCAACAACGCUUUCAACUGGAUUAACGCAACAAGCGCUAGGACCACAGCAAAUGAUUUCUGCCGAUAUGCUUGGAUCACAAUUUGCUAGUGAAGAAUCGAUCGGGACAAAUACAGUGCUCCCGGACCACACUGCGAUCGUUAUGGACCCAAAUACGAAUCUCUUGAAGUUGUCUGUUUCUGGGCAGUUGCAUUCCGGAGGCACCGUUGAUGGUAACGAUGGUUCACAGCAGUACGGAACGACCAAUCUAAUGCAAACUGACGGGUUAACGGUAACCCUUCCAUUAUCUGUGAUAUCCUCAAUGAAUCUGGCCGGCACAAACUUGGUCAACAUGACGCAUGGCACACCGGCAGGAGGCGACGUUGGUGCGACCGUUGCAGGACAAAUCGUUUCUAAUGCGGUUCCCAAUGGGCCAAACGCCAUGCUGCCGCCCGGAGUCGUUGAUUGUGGAAGUACCGAGCAAACCGCGUUCAUUCCUGCCGAACUAAUCGAUCAGCUGCCGCUUGUGGCACCGAAUGGGAAUGAGUUGCAUGAUCCCAGUGCUGCCUAUCGGUUGGCCACACAUGCGGCUACGGCGCCGGGUCAGGCUUCGAAUGGGCUUACCGAUCUGACCAUACCAUCGUACAAUGAUCAGAUUAAUUACACCUUGCAAACAUUUGCCCAAAAUCUCGCCCAAUCGGCCGACGCUGUACAGCAGCAGCAGCACAUUCAACAGCGGCAACACCUGUCCGGUGUUCAGCCACAGGCGACGGGUCAGGUCGAUUUGGUGGACAGUAUCGAUGAUAUAGUGCCGACCAUAAAUCUUCUCCCAACGGCUACCAACCCUCUGGUCAUACCGCAGCUGCAGGGUGACCUGGCCGAUUCUAUCAUACUAACGCCAAAUCAGUUGUCUAGCCUUUCCUUGGUCGAGCAACACUUUAUCGACAACAUUUCGGGUCUGAAAUCAGUAUCCGAGAUAGAUCCGCUUACCGUGAACGGUCCAGUUGACAUAUCGAAGUUGAUGCUGCUAAAGAAGGUGGAUGAAGAAUUCCUUAAGGAAAGACAGCUGCAGCAAAUGCAGCAACAACAGGCCUUUUCCCACACAGUAGGCCCGCUUGAUGAGGCUCGUGGCGUUAAAAUGUGGUACAGUUCGUUACCAAAGCCGCUACACGUGAAUAAUUUCCAAUUGCGCCGUCUAGCCGGAGGAUAUGUGAUGAACCGCAAGCUGCUAAAUAUUCGACGCAAUCUUCUACACGAAACCGCUGGUCUGGACGGGAAACGGUUAGCGUCGCCCGGCGGCACCACGGCAAGUUCGCUGCUCUCAUCCGGUACACCUCAUUCGCCGCUAGGUGCAAGUGGUACAAGAACCGGCACACUAAUCGGUGGUCGUACUGGGAGCGAUAUCCUGCUUGCUUCGUUGGCAUCCCCGACCGGUGCCGGUAAAGGGAAGAUAAACGAUCCGGUAAACAGCAUGAACGGUGGUGCCGGUGGUUUGGGAAGCCCUACCGGAAGUAGUGGUGGCAGCAAUGCGGCCAUCAAUCGAAACAGUUCCUCCCAUCGGGGUCAGCGGCGAUUAAUUCUAGCGCCCCAGCAGCACCAGGGGCGGUCGGAAAAGUUGUCCUGCCUGCUCAGUAAUGCCUAUUUCAAGGGUCUCAUCUCUUCGAUGCAGCAAACGAAAGAAAUACACCACCAGAACAGUGCUACAGUUAAGAGUGUGGAUGAUACUGCCGAUGCUGCUAGCAUAUUAACUGCUAAGCGCGCAAUACAUUCGAUGAAACGAAGUGCAUCAUCGCUCACAACACUAUCGAACAAACGGAUGAAGAUCAUCAACAAUCUACAUAGUUCGACCGCGCCACCGUCGGUUCUGCUGCAGGGAAGUGGCGGUGGUAGCGGUGGAAAAAAUAAGUCGAAAGUAUUAUAAUCACUACUACUCGUGCUGAUCCUUACGAUGACCACAGGCUUGUCAGCCGGAUGGUCCCUGUUGCGGGACAUUCAUACUGAGCCCGAGCAGAGAUUGCCAAAACGGAAGAAACGAGUUGAUUAGAACCUUGUUCUAAAGCGUGUGUCUAAAAUGCAGAGGCGCAAUUGUAUAUAUUUCUAAACCCAAAGAGGGACAGUUUGCUUCAAAGGCGACACAAGACAUUAGUUAAUUGUGCAGGAGCUAUUUUAUUAUUAUUCUCACCUCAACGCUUUCGCCCAUCUGAGUAACCAAUGGACACAUACACGUACACGAGCUCCCCGGGAGGAAGGAUAAACGCUUUCUGAUGCAUUAUCGAUACUACAUGUUUUAGCAUCAAGUGUAUGCCGAGCGCGAACAAUAUUAUCCCAGUAUUGGCUUUGGCAAACAAUUAUUCUUUAAAAAAAAAUAAUUGAAACCAGUAAAAACAAUUCUGCCCCCUUCCCUUCCAGCACGUGUUAUGCUCCAUACACCAGGUGGUACGUACGUGUGUGUGUGUUUGCGUGUUGUGUGAGUGUGCGUAUUGUGUGUAGUUUGAUGGAAAAUAUGACUGUAACUAGCGUGAGACGAAUAUUGUUCUUCUUUCCUGGUGUGUUUGCUGGCACGUAGGCAACCAGAAUGCCUAUCCCAGCAAGCCCCGGAUCAUCACUAGACUACUAUGAUUAUUCACGGAGUACGAAUUUGUCCUGCAAAGCCUUGUGUUUUGACCGAUAUACAGGCGCUUUCUCCUUACUGGAGAAAUAAGUUUCAAGGGAGUGUGAUAGUUAGUUCGUUAGGCUCGUAGUUCACUUUAACGUAUUUUAGGCUAUAAUGCAAGACUAUAUAUAUAAGAUUAUAAGUAACAAUUUAAAACAAAACUAGUUAUCAACAACAAAAAAACACAGAAUCUAGACUUACACAAGGAUAAACAAAAAAAACAUAGACUGGAAACACUGUUCUUUUGGCAUUGGUUGAGAAAAUUCUGUUUUGCGUGAUGGUCCAAACGAAACUGCAAUCGUGUUGAGAGGCGCCGUUUGUUUGCUAGAACAUUAGACAGUAACUUCAACACUAGAACUACACAGCGCUUCCUAUAUUGGUCGUUACUUUUUCAAUAAUUUCGAAAAGCUGGAUUAUGUUCUAUUAUCUUUUGAAGUUCGUGCGAUAUAAUAGAAAUGUAAAAAUCAACUAUGGUCGAAUGGUUGAAAACCACAAAAUCGGUUUGAUUAAAAGGAAGCGUACGAGUCAUAAUGUCUUAGGCUCGGUAUUCGUAGUGUUAGCCCUCAGUAUGUUUCACACAGUUUUUAUCUCUUUACGGCUGCAGUACAGAUUGCGAACACUACUCGCAAAGCGGGACAUACGCACCGUAAAAUGUAUAGUUCUGAAAACACAGUGUUGCGUUUGAUUUGUGAGUUCUUGGAAUACAUCACCACUGAACGACAUACAAGCGGUGGAUCGCUUUCGUCACUAUUGUGAUGUCGCUGGACGGCACAGUGUGUUUAUCACGGAACCGUGCAAUUGAGACACAAAAUUUGGGCAACAAUUUGUAAUGAACGUCUGAAGAAAAGUACUACAAUUUCCUUACAGGUUACACAUUUUGGUUACCGUUGUGUACGAACCAUUUAUCAAAAGACUUCAAUGAUGGUGAGGGCACAAACCCAAACGAACAGAAAAAUAACAAAACACACUAGCGAAUCAGUAAUGCAGUUGCUAUCUGCAUGUUUGCAACUGUCUGGUUUGACCCGUUAGCUUAACGAGCUUUGCAGUCACAGAGAGUCAGCCAGUAGAUAUUGAGAUGGUAUGCAUGCCAAUGUAUGGAACGAUUUGUAUAGAUUCAAAAAAGAAGCCUUAUUAAGCGCUUUUUCAGUACUAUGUAAAAGAACAGAGCAAUUUUUGAGCCACAAAGGAAGGGUACAUAUACUAGAAAUUGGAAUAGAACAGCUAUGCUACAAACCAAGAUCGGAAAGCUAUUACGUUACAGGAUGCGUUUACCAUGUACUUCACUGAUUACCUAGCUACAAGUAAAUGUUAUUGGUGAAACCAGCUCACAAUGGUUAAGAAGAAGCCACCAGAGCGAGGAAAACUCUACAUGUUUUAUGGAAAAGUUCAACUUCAAAGUGCGUUUCAAUAUCUCAACUUCAAUGCUAUUAAUAAACGGUGGUUCACUAUAAACUUUACGUCCGUUGCUAAACCUAAAGGCUUAUUGUUUAUUAGAUACACACAUACAC